AUGGUGGCCAAAAACUCAAUCGAACUUGAGUGCAGCAAGUCCUUGGAGGAAAAGAAAACGACAGUGGAAGACCUCGUUGAAGCUCAGAUCACUGAGGUUCCUCCUAUCUUUGGUCUUCCUCCAGUUACCUUAGACGACAAGAAACCUUCUGUUUCUGCCUCAGGCUUCUCGAUCCCUAUCAUCGACUUUGCAAGCCUCCACGUGGACGCAUUGUCGCGUGAAAGCGUCGUGGAGAAGAUCAAAGAAGCUGCAGAGAAGUGGGGGAUUUUCCAGGUGAUUAAUCAUGGUGUUCCUUUAAGUGUUCUUGAAGAAACGAAAGAUGGAGUUGUUAGGUUUCAUGAUGAAGAUCCUGAGGUAAAGAAAUCUUACUUUUCGCGCGACUUUAGCGAAAAGUUUAUUUACCACAAUAAUUUCGAACUGUAUAGUUCGAAAAAUGGUAACUGGAGAGACUCGUUCGCUGGUUACAUGGCUCCUUAUCCUCCAAACCCUGAGGACCUCCCAGUGGCUUGCAGGGAUGCUAUGUUCGAAUACACGAAGCAUGUGAUGAGCUUAGGUGGUUUGCUCUUUGAGCUUCUCUCAGAAGCUCUUGGUUUGAGUUCUGAGAAGCUUAAGAGUUUGGAUUGCAUGAAGGGUUUGCAUAUAAUCUGCCAUUAUUACCCUCCUUGUCCACAACCUGACCUAACUUUAGGUACAAGUAAGCAUUCCGACAAUACCUUUAUCACCAUUCUUCUUCAAGAUCAAAUCGGUGGUCUUCAAGUUCUUCAUCAAGACUGUUGGGUCGAUGUAUCGCCUAUUCCCGGGGCUCUUGUUAUCAACAUAGGAGAUUUCUUGCAGCUGAUGACGAACGAUAAGUUCAUAAGCGUGGAGCAUAGGGUGCUUGCGAACAAAGCUGGACCGAGGAUUUCAGUCGCGAGUUUUUUCAGCUCGAGUAUGAAUCCGAAUUCAACACUUUACGGACCAAUCAAAGAGCUUUUGUCCGAAGAAAACCCUCCAAAAUACAGAGAGUUCACAGUGCCAGAGUACACAAAGGGAUACAUUGAGAAAGGUCUGGAUGGAACAUCGUACCUCUCGAAUUACAAAAUAUGA